CGUCAUUGGCUUUCGACGAAGAAGAGAAACAAAAAGAGAAAAAACUCAAACGAGAUUCAAAGCCUUCAGAGAUUCCCAAACCCUAGAGAGAAGACGAAGAGGAGAUCGAGCAAUCCGAAGCUCCAGAAGGGUUUUUGGUACUGAUUGAGCUGAGGAUUUGGGGGGGAGGGAUCAAGGCCAUGGGGCAAGCCUUCAGGAAGCUUUUUGACGCCUUCUUUGGGAACAAAGAGAUGAGGGUUGUAAUGCUUGGAUUGGAUGCUGCUGGUAAGACUACAAUACUUUACAAGCUGCACAUUGGCGAGGUUUUAUCAACAGUUCCAACAAUUGGUUUUAAUGUUGAGAAAGUUCAAUAUAAGAAUGUGAUGUUCACAGUGUGGGAUGUUGGUGGACAAGAGAAACUUAGGCCGUUAUGGAGGCAUUACUUCAAUAAUACUGAUGGACUUAUAUACGUUGUUGACUCUUUGGACAGAGAAAGAAUUGGCAAGGCAAAAGCAGAAUUCCAGGCCAUCAUCAGUGACCCUUUCAUGCUCAACAGUGUCAUAUUAAUAUUUGCAAAUAAACAAGACAUGAAAGGGGCAAUGACUCCAAUGGAAGUCUGUGAGGGACUAGGUCUAUAUGAUUUGAGGAACCGAGUGUGGCAUAUUCAAGGAUCUUGUGCCCUCAAGGGUGAAGGCCUUUAUGAGGGCUUGGACUGGCUUGCUAGCACACUGAAAGAGUUACAAGCCUCUGGACGCGCCACUUCAGUUGGCACAUCAUCAGUUCCGUCUUUUGGAUGAAGAUUCAAGAGUCAGUAGAAAAUUCUCCCGGACUAUCACAUGUAUGGGAUGGAGAUCUUCUUGGCAUGACAUGAAGCUAAUUUUGUGAGCCAUAUGUAGUGGUGUAAGAACCAUAUGAUGUUACCAUUUGCUCCAACGAAAAUUUACAGCUCCAACAGGUGUUGGCAGCUCAUAACUUUUGUGACUAAAAACAUUUAUCCAUAUCUGGAAUUUAUGUAUAGAAAGUUAGUGUGUUUGCUUGGUCCCACAUCUAAACCAUUGUGCUAUGUUUCUCUUUUAGAUUUUCCUCCAAUGACAAGCUCUAUGACUUGGAAAUUUUUACUUGCCUUUAAACAUAGGGCAGAGGUUCUAUUAUUCUA